AAUAUAAUCAACACUUGAUCUAAACUUAGAUAUCAAAAUCUUUCUUGAUCUUGAUCCAAAGAGAAAAACUCUACUAUCUAAACCUUUCUUCAACCAAAUCCUUUUCGUGAAUCAAACCCUGAGAUGAACCCCUCCUGGAACCCGGUAUCCGGAGCUUGAAAUCCUCAGUGUUCGCCCUACACUCAGAUACAGGGUUCGGAGUAUAGUCUCAGUCCGAAUUCUUCUCUCCAACCUGCCGCCUCAACACUACAGUUUGUUAUCAGUGAGAAAGGUUUAAGUAAGGUGUGAGCAGGAUGAAGACUCCAGUUUAUAUUCUUCUAAUUAUUCUCUCAUUAUUAAAAGGAAAUGAAACUUUGCUGACCUACGGAGAUCUGAAAGAAUGCAGUUCGCAUAAAGGUGAACCUGAGCUUGUUAAAGUAAGAUCUCAUGUAGAAGCUGAAUUAGGGAAACCUCUUAUACUGUCCUGCAAGGUCUGUACAGGACGGAGCAAGGACGUAAACGUGAAGUGGGAGAAGGACGGAAGUCCUGUUCUUGAAUCUCAGGAUUUGAGAAGUUACAGGAGACAUAAACAAGAGUUUGUUCUCCGGGUUCAGCAUAUGGGAGAAGAGUUUCUAGGCAACUACUCCUGUAACCUGAUAAACCAAGGAGUAGAACGGGAGAGUCAGAACCUUGUUGUAUCCCAGCUUCCUCCGCCCCCAACCUGGGACCCGGAGCAAGAUCGAAUAAGUCCUAGUCAACAAACUCUACGUUGGACUGGAUAUAGCCGACUCCCCAUAAUCAACUAUAUACUGGAGUUCAGAUUGAAACCUGUCUCUGGGUCGGGUGAAGACUGGAUCUCUCUUGUUGUUCCUUUUGAGAGUGAGACCCAAAGAUACGUUCUCCGUGGAUUAAACUACGGUACAGUGUAUGAGAGCCGAGUCCGGAGUCGAACCCGUCUUGGAGUUUCUCCGUAUAGUCCAACCCUGUCCUUCUCCACCUACUCGGAGAUGGUUUACCCAACGAUGUUCUCCAUGUCAAGGGAUGAGAGGAAAUAUGUUCCCUUGUUCAGUUUAUCCUCCUCUUCUUCCAACCCAACCUUCUCAAACCUUGCCUUGUUUGUGUCCUCACUUUUCAUCUUUAUCUAAACCAAAGAAUGGUAGAAUGAUCGCUCUGUGAAUAGUAUUUCCUCUCUAUGGCGCGAUAAUUAGAAAUGUUCUUCCAAUAUCUAUAAAUUUUCUUGUUUAAAGAAACUCUAACGACAGUUGUUAUACGGUGAUCAUGAACAGAUCUGUACAGUUGCUAUUAUUGUAAAUAAAUCCAAGAUUUUCACGCCUUAAAGAGACUCUAACGACAGUUGUUAUACGGUGACCAUGAACAGAUCUGUACAGUUGCUAUUAUUGUAAAUAAAUCCAAGAUUUUCUUGUUUAAAGAAACUCUAACGACAGUUGUUAUACGGUGAUCAUGAACAGAUCUGUACAGUUGCUAUUAUUGUAAAUAAAUCCAAGAUUUUCACGCCUUAAAGGGAGUUUUCUUUAAAAAGGUGUUUAAAAUUAAAA